UCACCGAAAAAAGCUACGCAAAAACAACGUGCAUGUCCACAGAUAAUCCCACACAGUUGCUUACCACCCGCGAUUUAAGUCAGCUGCGUGGCCAUUUGCAAUCGGGACCAUCGGCAGUGGCAUCCACGGCAGUCACGGCAUCUGGAACGGCGGCUGUUGUGGCAGCAGCGGCUGCAGCAGCGGCGGCAGCAGCAGCAGCGGUCUCUUCAGUGGCCAAUGCCCCACAUGGAUAUCUUCGCAACAUUGCGCCACUCGCCACCAUUAGCUGCGGUAGCAGCACCACCACCAGCAGCACCAUCAACACAACCAGCACAGUAGCAGGAGCAGCAGCAGGAGGAUCAGGAGGAGCAGGAGGAGGACUAGUACCCACAAGCAAUAGCAACAUGCCGGCCAGUGCCUCCAAAUAUGUAUUUCUGCAGCACAAUCACAAUGGUGGAUUCACGGCCUACGAUGGCUCCACAACGGCAGUCACAACGGCGGCUGCAUCCGUGUCAUCCUCCGGCAGUGGCAGCCACUCAACGAGCGGUGGUGGUGGUGGCAACAUAGUGCUCCUUGCCGCCGAGCCCCUGGAAAUGGGUUCAGCCGAUGCCCUGGCAGCAGCAGCAGCAGCCGCUGGUGUCCGCACCACCGAUGGAGAUGAUGGAGAGCUGCGUUCCCUGUCCUGGCUAAACGAUAGCAAUCUGAUUAAGGGCAUUGUCACAACCAGUGGUGCAGCUGCAGUUGCAACGGGAACGCAAGUGAAACGUGCAAUGGCCAUUAAAGCGGCGGCGGCGGCGGGAGGAGGAGCUGGAUCCGGAUCCGGAUCCGGAGCAGGAACAGGAGCUUCAGUCAAUGGCAAUAUGUGCCUAGUGAGCGAUAUAAUCGAAGAGGUACCUAGUAGCCACAACGAGACCAGUGGUGUCGAUCCGGAUGCUUCGCUAUAUAGCACCACAACGGUGCACAAGGGUCCCAGUGGCACCACCACCGUGGUGGAGUACAAAGCCAGCAAGGCUGGCCAACAGCAGGCAUAUUUGCCAACGCCCACACGUGCCACCACGCUUGGCUAUAUGCCCGUGGUGGUGACAACCCAGCCACAGCAACAACCAGCGGUUAGCCAAGCCAUACUCUCGCCCAUGAAGCAGUCCCAGACGCAGCCUCAGUCGCAGAUCUAUGUGACCAGCAGCAAUGGAGGCGCAACGGCAACGGCAACGGGAAAUGGCAUCUACAAGGGGGCAACACUAUGCUCACCCACAACCAGCAACAAUAGCAGCAGCAGUAGCAGCAACACCACCACCACCUCCCAUCACCCGCACAAAAAGUAUCUGCGCGAGAAAAUGCACGUCCAGAUGGAUCAUAGCAGUCAUGUGGCCUCCACCGUGACGGUUGUUAGUUCUCCCGCCUCCUCCAACAAUUCCUCGAUCAGUUCUAGUUCCAUAUCGGGCGGCGGCGGUUCAGGAUCCUCGACAGCGGCGGUCAGGGGCAAUAGUCCAGUGGCCAAGGCCAGCAGUAGCAGUAGUAGCUUUAGCAGCACAGUUUACGAGGCUGUUAAUUAUGCUAAUGCCAUCACCAGCAGUUCGAGCCAUAAUCAGGAGCCAACACCGCCGACGACCGUUGUGACCACCACCACGCUGAUCAGUGCAGGAUCUCUGGCGCCGGGUUAUAGCUUUGUGAGCACCACACCUCAUGUCAUAUCAACACCCGGCCAUGUGAACUCACCGGAGACACCGCCAUCUGCUGCUGCUGCUCUCCUGCCUGGAACCUACUACAGCAGCAGCAGUGGAGGAGCAGGAAAUCUUCAGCCGCGCAGCCUGCAUUUGGCCAACUCACCACCGCCGCCCACGAGUCAUGCGAAUGGAUCACAUGGUGGCGGAGGAGGUGUAGGAGGAUCUACGGCUGGAGCAGGAGGAACUGGUGUCAACCUGCGCAGCCCCAAUAGCUAUACCAGCUACGACAAUGAGGAUUCAUUGAAGGAUUUCGAUCUGGUGGUGCACACAAGCACGCCCCAAUAUACCGUCUCCAAAGGUGGCUACAGCAGUGUGAAUAAUGGAGCUGGUGGUGGUGGUGCUGGAGGAGCGACCACGCCACAAAAGCAAAAGCAUCCCAAUAACGUGCCAUAUGAUCCGUUAGUGCAUACCAACAAUAAGCCGCCAUAUAGCUUUAGUUCCCUGAUCUUCAUGGCCAUUGAGAGCUCCAAUGAGAAGGCUCUGCCCGUUAAGGAGAUCUACGCUUGGAUUGUUCAACACUUUCCGUACUUUAAGACAGCACCCACCGGCUGGAAGAACAGUGUUCGCCACAAUUUAUCGCUAAACAAGAGCUUCGUGAAGGUGGAGAAGGCACCGAAUAUGGGCAAGGGUUCGCUGUGGCGCGUUGAGCCGCAGCAGCGCCAGAAUCUCAUCCAGGCGCUUAACCGAUCCCCCUUCUUUCCCAAUUCGGCGGUGGACAAGAUUAGUCCCUCGCUAAAGAGUCCUAAAGAAUCGAUUUACGAUAGUCUAGACGGGAGUGUAUCCUCGGGAUUGCCAGCUGCAGGAGGACCAGGAGCUGCAGCUGGACCUGGAGCAGGAGCAGCGGCAGUGCCAGCUGCUGUGUCGCUAACAACGCCCUCGAAAAGCAAUGGCCUGGCCCUGGCCAAUGGGGCUAGUCCGGUGACAACGAAUGCGGCAAGGCCGCACAGUCCCGGCGGAGGCGGAGCUGGGAGUGGCAGUCAUGCUCGUUUCGAUCCCAAGCUUUUCCCCAAUCUCUCCAAUCUUUUUGGCAAUAUCCGGGAGGAUUUAACCGGACAGCCGCAGUCCCUACGCGAGGAUGACCUAUCGGAUGAUUAUCACAACAAUAAUAACAACACCAAUAACAAUAAUAAUAUCAACAACAACAACAGCAAGUACAACUAUGUGGGACUGAAUGCAGGCAGUGGCACAGCCGGAACGGGAGCUCCUGCUCUCAAUGGCGGUGGAGGAGGAUCUGCUCCCACGCCCUCGGAUGGCAUCAAUUUUGAGCAAAUGGCACGAGACUGUGGAGCUGAUAGCAUGGAUGAUGUGCAUGCUGCGGCAGCGUUGCUCUGCCUCAAGCACGAACCAAAGGCCUUUAGCAGCGAUUCCUUUCAAAAUGGAAGCGGCGCCCCGGUAAUCACAAGUUCCCCUAGCGAGGAUCACACCUACUCGGCGGGUGGCAAUAGCAAUGCCGACAGUGGCUCUUCCACGCCGGUGACCAAUGGCAAUGGGCUAUCGACCAGCAGUGUGGUUGCCCAGGCGGCUGGAUCCGAUAGCAACUGUGCCAGCUCGGAUGCGGCCUACGAUAGCAGUGAGGAGAAUCACAACAUCACGCCCGAGGAACUGGAUCAGCAGCGACAUCGCGAUGGCGUGGAUGCCUUGCUGUCCCUAUCGCGAUCCUCAAAUGUGGAUUAUGGUUCACAUUAUCAUAGCAAUGGCAGCAGUGGCAGCAGUCAGGGAUCUCCGCGCAAGCGACCCGCCAGCCAGAGUUUGGAGGAGGAGCAACAGCAGCAGCAGCAGCAGCAUCAUCGGGAGCAGCAGCAACAUCACCAGCAACACCAGCAGCAGCAGCAUCAGCAGCAACAGCAGUUUGGCAGUCUUCAAGCAAUCUACACAAAUGGCAGUGGCAGCAAAAUGGCUCUGCUUAGCAGUGCGGCUGCCAAUGUGGCAUUGGCACAACAACAGCAACAGCAGCAACACCAGCAGCAACAGCAACAUCAGCAGCAGCAACAGCAACACCAACAGCAGCAACUCCACCCAGAAUUGUAUAGCUAUCCCGCUGGCAUGUAUUUGGGUAACCUCAAUCACUGUCUGCCCGCUGGAGGAGGUGCCACUGUGGGUGGCAACAGUAAUACCAAUAAUAGCAACAACGCUGGGAUGCUGCCGCAACAUCUGAGUGCUGCCAUGGCUGUGGCAGCAGCAGCAGCAGCAGCGGCGGCCAGCAAAAACAAGGUGAAGCCUCUGCGAGGGCUGCGCACCAAAAUUAAGCGAAAGUCCGCCUGGAUGCGGUGAAUAUGGCGACAACAGGUGCGAGGUAGCAGCAGGUGGACUUGAUGCUAAAGCGAGAAUCGUUCAAAUCACAGAGCAUUUAGACUACAAAUUAUAACAAUUAUAUAUAUAUAUAU